ACUAGUUCCAGCCAGUGUUAAUCAACCAAAAGACACUCAAGUGCCCCUCAAGAACAUUACAGUGGCAGCCAAGCUAACCGGUUAUGUUGUGGCUACAAAGUCUGUGUUCAAGUAUUGUAAUGAUACACAGUCUCCAGUGGAGGUGUUGUUUCGCUUCCCAAUGGACGAGUCAUAUGCAGUGGUGGGAUUGGCAGCAACUGUAGGAGGUCGGAGGGUCAAGGCAUCACUCAAAGAGAAGGAGGAGGCAAAGCAAGACUACGAUGAUGCAUUAGCCAGUGGGUUCACUGCUGCAUUAGGAGAGGAGACGACGGGAGAUAUAUUCAGCAUCGCCCUCGGUAACCUGCCACCACAGUCGAGUGCUGAGGUUCACCUUGAAUUGGUCGGAAUGCUACCAUUGAAUGCUGAAGGUGGAGUACACUUCACGCUACCUAGCGUCAUCAAACCCCGCUACACACCUGCUGGAUUGAAUGACCCCGUACAGCAACCAGGCAUCUUCCCUCCUCUGAAUACUACAAAGCGAGCUACUGCACCAGCCGUGUAUGAUUUCACUCUAGACAUUAGCGAUCCCUCAUCAAUCUCUAAAAUUGCUUCACCUACACACUCGCUAACAACACAACGCAGCGAGGAAAACAUUAGGGUCUCUCUUGGAGAGCCUAAGCCAUUGGACAAAGACCUGGUCAUCUCUGUAUCACACAACGAUCCUCACCAACCUUCUGUUCUGAUUGAAACUGGCAGCUCUUCACUGAGUCAACGUAGCUACAUGGGAUCCCCGGCAGUUAUGCUCAACUUCUUUCCAAAGUUUGACACAAAACAAGCAGCUUGCGAAUUCAUCUUUGUCAUCGAUCGCAGUGGCAGUAUGGCUGGCCAUUUUAUGAGCAGUGCUAAGGAAACACUGAAGUUGUUUCUGAAGAGCAUCCCUCCUGGCUGUCAUUUCAACAUCAUUGGAUUUGGUUCCACCUUCAAGGUUGUUUUUGCGGGCAGCAUGGAGUACACACAGCAAAGUCUGGACCGAGCCGUACGGGAAACAGACAAAAUGUUUGCCAACCUGGGGGGUACGGAGCUACUGCCCCCCCUGAAGUAUAUCUACUCUCAGCCCCUUCUACCCGGUCUGCCAAGACAAGUGUUUGUGCUCACUGAUGGCUCAGUCAGCAAUACCAGUGCCUGCAUUCAGGAGGUUAAAAAGAAUACCUCUCACACAAGGGUGUUUACAUUUGGCAUUGGAUCUGGAGCCUCCACAGAGUUAGUGAGAGGUCUAGCAAGAGCAGGCAAUGGCACGGCCGAGUUCGUACAGGAGGGAGAGAGAAUGCAACCAAAGGUUAUAGCCAGUCUCAAGAGAGCACUCCAGCCAGCAGUCACUGACUUUGAGGUCGCCUUUGACAUACCAUCUGGGUUUCAAGCCGCUCAAGCUCCAGCAAAGCUACCAGUCCUCUACAAUGGUGACAAGACAACUAUCUUUGGUAUCUUGAAAAGCAAGGCCCUCUCUGACGACCCUCUGCACACGUCUCUCGUUGGAUCAGCCACUCUCAGAGGAAAAGUACUGGGUCAACCGUUUGAGUAUCUGUUGCAGUUCAGUAUUCACGAGCCUUCCGCAAGCAACACAAUGAGUCAGACAUUUGUACAUCAGUUAGCAGCCAAGGCACUUAUCCAAGAUUGGCAGAGCGAAUCUAGUAGAAAGAAAGACGUCAUUGACCUGAGUAUUGAGUCCAGUGUCAUCUCUUCCCACACUGCAUACAUUGCCAUUGAUGAAGACCAGGAUAAGCCGAUUGAGGGGGCGAUUAAAGUAUGGGACGUGCUAGCUGCUACAGCUCAACAGGGCCCUGUAUACAGUGGAUUUGCAUUCAGUAGUGGUUACAACAUGGUGCCAACUACCAGUAUGUAUGGUAGUAAGGGUACACAUGAUAGGGGAUGCCAACAGAUGGCGCAACAGGGGGUGCCACAGUUUGGAAUGCACCAUGUGCCUCCAACCUUAGGAGUCUCUAGUGGACUAAUGGGACACACAGGGAAUACUUGUAUGUCAUUCUCGGGAGGAGCACUAGAUUGUGACCUACUUUGUCCAUCUCCAAAGAUGAUGUCACUUCAAACACCGUCUCCAUCCUACAGUCCGACCUCUCCAUCCUAUAGUCCUACCUCUCCAUCCUAUAGUCCGACCUCUCCAUCCUACAGUCCGACCUCUCCAUCCUAUAGUUCAACCUCUCCAUCCUAUGACUCUCUCGGAGGACCGCUCCCCACGGCUCAAUUGUUUGGAGACCUCAACCCUGCUGCUGGGGCCCCCCCGUUGUUACCCCCUACACGGCUUUCAACUUUUGGAGCCCCUCCUUUUUUGAAUGAACAGUUCGGAGCACCCCCUCUUGUUCCCACGCAAGCAUAUCAAUCGAGUCAUCAAUCAAGUCGUGUUAUGUUCCGUCAGCCAAACAGUGGAUCUUUGUUCGGAGGUUUUCAAUCGUCCGAAGUGCUAACAAAAAUCAUCUCUUUACAGCAUGCUGAAGGUUUCUGGGUGUUGGAGGAUGUAGCAGCUCAGAUAUUCCAUUGCUCUGUAUCUGAGCUGUCCAGUCAUUGUCCAGUGGUGUGUGGGGCAGCGGUAUGGGCAACCGCACUCAUGCUGGCGUAUCUCGAACACAAGUUUGCCGGACAGAACAACGAGUGGGAGUUGUUGGCCAUGAAGUCAGAGCUAUGGCUAGAGUCUGGAGACAGUGAUCUAACCAAGCUCAAGGAGGCAGCCAAAAACUAUGUGUAGAGACUGUUAUACUAAUUAGAUAUCUUUACUAGUGUCUAUAAUAACUUUACUAGCCCAAAUUUUGUAUAUACCGGUACUCCGUAUAACUAAAGAUUGCUCUCUGUAUGUGUUUCACAUCAUUGUUCAAUAAAUUUGA